AUGCUCUCACCUGGAUGCAACCAAGGCAUGAAGUCCGACGCGCCGUCAUCACUGCAGAUUCCUGAGUGCCUCAUGCCGGUAACGUGUCCAGCGAAGCCCGGUUGGGACACCGCGUGGACUGUCGCCAGUAAUGCCAAGCUCAGCCUGAGCAAGACACCGCGUCUUGCUGCCAGUAACGCUGCCGGUGAGGCCUGGACAAGACGCCACGCCAUCUCAUCCUGCAGCAGCACUGCAUUGAAAGCAUCGGAUGCUACCUUUGCUGUGAGCGGCGAAGGCACUCGAACGGAGCGCACUGGGCUUGACAGCUCACUCUCGAACUUACCUCGAGCUCGCCAAGCCAUCCUCAAGUCCCUGCGAUCUCUGCGCAGCAGGACCGCUUCACGGAAGCAGACGCCCCAAAUGAAAUUCCCGCCCAAUUCGAGCUCAUUUCAUCUCCCGGAGGCGACGAUCAAGAUGAUGACAGCAAACGGGACUUCGUAUCGGACCCCCGGUUCGUCUUCCGUAGAUGACGAUGGAGACGACGACUUCGAGCCUCCCAGGGAUUCAAGCAACUCGAGCGAUACGCUACAGGACCUUUUGAACGAGAUUGCUCUCAAGGCAGACCAAAAGACUCGAGAAGGAAGAAAAAGAGGAUCCCGUCGCGCGAGAAAAUCUGAUAAGCGUAGGCGCCGCGAGUCCGGCAUGGAGAGUUAUGGCACUGAUGACGGGAGCGUGGCGGAUACUGAUUCGUUGCCGCCAACAGACGAGGAACGUGAAGACGCGGAUGUCGAAAACGUGCGGCUGGACCUCCAAGACCCGAAUACUGAUCGCACGCCUCGGGUCCGACGCACGGAAUCAUAUCCAGAGCGCGUUGCCUUGGAAAGAUCUCGCGUGAGUGUGGGGAAUAAGACCCCACCAAUGCAGAGGCUUGUUGAUUCGUCGUGGACGGAGCUAAGUGACGAGCUGGAGAAGUAUAGCUGUGAUAACUAUCGGUUAUUUAGAGCCCGAGACACUCGGACCGUGAAAAAACACAACUCCAUGAGUGAUCUUCAAAUACCUGUAACGUUGGACUACAGCUACAAAGUGUUUCGAUGCACCCACGGAUGCCCGCAGAAGUUCCGCGGUACAGGCCAACGAGUACUCCAAGUCGCUAUACUGGAUGCAAGGCCCUGUUCAGCGCUGCAUCGCGGAAUAUCGCAGAAGCAGGGCAAGCUGAAAAGUGGCGAAUCGUUCUACGCAACUGGGGGCUUUGGAGAGGCACGUAACGCCCCAGCAAACACGCAACAUAGUGCCAAAGGUUCUGAAGAGCACGGCUGCGGAUAA